AUGUCCUCGACUUCUUCCGUUGAAUCUGUUGACUCACCGACAAAGGCGGAAUGUUUAGAGCUGUUUCGCGCACUGAAAAACAAAGAUGAGCUAUCACUUUCGUGCAAGGAAAUCAUGCAAAUGAUCACGGCGAAUGAUAAAGGUGUUAUGGAGAACGAGCCGCUUAAUACGCACGGAGGCAGCAGAAAUCGCGGCGGUAUUAGUCAUGCAGCGCUGCAACGCCGUUUCACAGGCAAGAUGUCCGGUGUCAGACUUUCGGGUUAA